AUGGUCCUGUCUACGUUGAGAGUGGGCACCUUGUUGGCGCUUCUGUUACCCUCUGCUGUCUCGUUCGUUGUACCUUCUACCGAGGUUCGCCCCCGGAAUCUCGAAGUUCCAUGGAAAAAGACGGGACUUUAUAGUGGACACAGGAGGAGAAGAGAUGGCUCUAUCGCCAGCUGUAAUUAUGGUCCUCAAACGAGAGGAUGUUGGGGCGACUUUGACAUCGAUACCAACAUGGAUGAAGAGUGGCCAGAUACGGGAAAGACAGUCAAGUACGAAUUGACCAUUACCAAUGUCACUGGCGCACCAGAUGGAUUCGAGAGACAGAUGUUCCAUAUAAACGGUCAAUUUCCAGGCCCAACUAUAAUAGCUGACUGGGGAGAUAAUCUUGAGAUUACUGUCAAAAACAACGCCCAAAAUAAUGGUACAGGUCUACAUUGGCAUGGCAUACGGCAACUUGGGUCGAAUGAGCAAGAUGGUGUGAAUGGCAUAACCGAAUGUCCAAUUCCACCAGGUAGCGAAAAGGUGUACAAGUUCAAACUUACACAAUACGGAACUACUUGGUACCACUCGCAUUACUCGGUGCAAUAUGGUGAUGGUAUUUGGGGACCUAUGAUCAUCAGAGGGCCUUCAACAGCGGACUGGGACAUUGAUCUUGGUGCAAUGCCACUAACUGAUUGGUUCCACGCCACUACCUUCACAGCAAACGCGGCAGCAGUCCACGCCAAGGGCCCUCCAACAGCAGACAACGUUCUAUCAUCAUCAACGCCACCCAACCUUACGGCAAACUAUUGGUUCCGCGUCGGCACCGGCGGCGCCUGCGACGGACCAAACGCAAACGCCGCAAAUAUCCGUAGUAUCUUCCGUUAUGCAGGCGCGGAUAGCGAUGAGGAGCCCAGUGACGAUAUCGCCAUUGUACUACCAUCGGGUUGCUACGAUCAACCAAACAUUGUACCCUAUUCCAAAACAACAAUCCCUCAGUCCCUGCCUGAAAGCUUAUCCUUGGGGUUCAGCGACAAUUACACGACGGAUGUGACGCAAUCGCGCGGCCUAGUCCAAUGGCUUGUAAACGGGAAUCCCAUGGCUGUUAACUUGCAAGUGCCUACACUACAGUCCGUUCUUGACGGAAACGUGAAGACGGGGAAUAACAGCCAUACCUUUGAGAUUGACGAGAAGAGCAAGUGGCAAUACUGGAUCCUCCAACAAUCCCCCACCUCCCCCCCAAUCCCCCACCCCAUCCACCUCCACGGCCACGACUUCUACAUCCUUGCCCAAGUCGCAAACGCCACCUGGAACGGCGACAUCUCGGCCCUCCAAACCAACAACCCCGUGCGUCGCGACACUGCCAAUCUGCCCGCCGCCGGCUACGUCGUCCUGGCCUUCGCAUCCGAUAAUCCGGGUGCCUGGCUCAUGCACUGCCAUAUCCCGUUCCAUGUGGCAGCGGGACUCGGCGUCCAGUUUCUGGAGAGAAAGGCGGAGAUCGCUGCCAAGGAUGGGUUUGAGGAGAUGGGUAGGGGGUGUGGGAAAUGGGGGAAUUAUAUGGAGAGGACGCAUCCGGGGGGGAUUUUGUUUCCGGGGGAUUCGGGGCUUUGA